AUGAACCGCAAACUCGUUAUUAAACCUAUUACAUCAAAUGAUUUUAACGAAAGAGGACAAGUGGACCUAAUUGAUUUUCAGUCAGUUCUAGAUGGAAAGUAUAAAUGGAUACUUAACUAUCAGGAUCACAAUACAAAAUUUAUAUCCCUCCGUCCUAUGGAAAGUAAAAGGGCUAUAGAAUGUGUUAUUAUACAUGGACGUCCAAGGCAUCCUCAGAGUCAAAGGAGUAUUGAACGGGCCAAUCAAGACAUUGAACAUAUGUUAAGAGCAUGGAUGCAAGACAAUGUGUCCCAGAGAUGGUCAAUCGGUCUUCAAUUUGUCCAGUUGCAAAAAAAUUGUUCAUUUCACCGUACUAUUGAAGAAAUUGAAGAAAUUGAAGAGAUUUUACAAUGUUCAACGGUUAAUUAUACAUGUGGUAUAUGUAAAAUUGAAAUAAAUGAAGUGGAAAAUCAAGAUGAAGCUGGAUCUAUUAUGUGUAACUUAUGUAGAAAAAAAGAACAGAUUAAAAUGCAACGAAAAAAAGGUUCUGAUAGCAUUAAAAAAUUUGCUGAAAAAAUGUUGCAGACUAGUCAUGCAGCUGUUCUAGACCUUGAAGUUAAUGAUUGUGUGGUAAUGGCCGUUCCAAAAGUCGACAAAGGGCCUACAGAUCCACCAAAUAUUAUAUGUUUAGUUGUUGAAAAAAAAAAUAAACUGUAUAAGCUAGGAACUAAACAUGGAAUGAUUAAAGGAUGGUAUGGAGGAGAUUGUUUAAAAAAAUGUGAGACAUUUUUAAAGAGUGACGAGAUUGUGUUGGACAAAGAGCUAACUGUUCGAGAAACUGUGACAGUCAUAACAGGGGGACAAGGUUUUUCUUCUUGUUCAUAUUAUCGUUAA